UAGCUCAGGUUCCUUGGGAUGGCUUCAGGAACACAUCCACAAAUCCACAUUUUUCCCGAUUCUUUUCUUGUCUGUUUGUAUCUGUUAUUCAUGUGCUGCAUACCGGCAGUUGUAACCCUUUUCAGACCAAGCCCAGUUUUAUUGUUAUGCAAAGCGCAGCACGACAGCGCUUGGGUCUAUGGUGAUGUUGCUAGGCUGCAAUAACGAUGCAAUAACGCUUUGUUUUGUUUUCCAGCAGGUCAUGUCAGUUUGCCCAGAUCUUCACCAGCACUAUGUGCAGGUCUGCCAAAACUUGGGCCAACCUGAAAACCCUUUCAUUGCUCAUGUGCUUCGAGAAGCUGAUAAAAAUGAUGAAAUCAUAUGGACAAAAGGGUUCACAUUAAAAAUAGCUGGAAAUAGUCAUCUAGUGCCUGUGCAGAGAGUUACAGAUGACAAUCUUCAAGUUCUUGUCUCUGUCUUACGUACGGCUGCAUUUGUCACAGGUUUGGAUCUUAGGUAUAAUGUAUUGACUGAUGCUGGAGCAAAGACCAUGGCAACAUUCCUCCAGGAAAGCUCCUCUCUGAGGUACCUGAACCUGAUGUUUAAUAAUAUUGGCACAAGUGGAGCAGAGCUGAUAGCAAAAGCGCUCCAUGGGAAUGAAACUCUUCUGCAUAUGAGAAUGACUGGGAACAAAAUAGGAGAGAAAGGUGGGAUGUUCUUUGCUUCAAUGCUACAAAUUAAUUCAACCUUGGAGAAGUUGGAUCUUGGAGACUGUGAUAUAGGUGUGCAAUGUCUAAUAGCAACAGCAUCAGCCCUGAAUCAGAACAAAUCAGUCAAGGCAAUAAACCUAAAUCGUCCUUUACUGUUCAGCCAAGAGGAAGAGACCACAGUUCAUCUAGCUCUGAUGUUGAAAAAUAACUCUUCUCUUGUGGAACUACACUUGUGCAAGCAUGGAAUGAAAAACUUUGGUGUGGAGAGACUGUGUGAGGCUUUGUAUGAAAACUCCAGCGUGAGAUACCUUAAUCUUGCCUGUAAUAAAAUAACCAGUGACGGUGUAAAAUUUCUGGGAAAACUACUAAAAUGGAACCAGACCCUGCAAAUCCUAGAUCUUAAUGCAAACCAAAUAGAAGAUGAUGGAGCCGUCUACCUGAGUGAGGCCUUGGCUUUGUACAACAGGACUCUUCAGGCGUUGUCAGUAGUAAGCAACAAUAUAAGUGGCAAAGGACUUGUAGCUCUUUCAGAGGCAAUGAAAACAAACACAGAACUUUCCUGUAUUUACAUCUGGGGGAACAAAUUUGAUGAAGCCACCUGUAUGGCACUUUCAGAAUUAAUUCAGAUGGGCCGCCUGAAACUUAACUGCACAGACGUGGAGCCUUAUGAAGUGGAUGGGCACAUUUACCUUGCAGAGCUCUCCCAUGGCCUGCAGAAGCAUUACUACUGGACGCCAAGUUAUUGGGCAGUGACAAAAAAGGAUGCUAAUGCCAGUCUGGCAAUUGCAGCUGUUUCAGAAUACUUGUGAGUGAGGUAGCAGCUUGAAGCAUUCGGUAUGCUUGAGCUUUUCCUGUCAGGUUUCUAGAAAACAAGAUUGUAUCAAUA